UGAAGGCCAUUCUAAACUUCCUUCGUCUUCUUAACUGACUCAGUAUCGGGAAGUGUAGAUUCGCAGGCUGAUAUUGUUAUCACUGCACGGCGGUGGAUAUUAGCGUUAGCGCAGAGGCCGCUUGAAAAUCAGUUAACUCCGACUGGAUUGAGUUUUAUCGCUUGGAUAAAUUCAUCGUUCGCGUUGAUAAGAAUCAACCAUGGGGAAUAAAGGCGGUAAAAUGAAGGUCAAUAAAGACAAGAAUGGCGAUAAUGCUGCAGGAAAAACGGAGGGAAAUGAAGAGUCGGAUAAUGCCGACGAUGUUGCAGCAAAGACAGAAAAUGACAACAUAGAAGGAGAAGCGCCAACAGCUGAGGAUCAGGGUGAAAGCAAGAAAGUCGAAAAUACCGCUGCUGAAGAGGAUUCAAAGGCAAACGCUGAAAAUACCGAAUCAGAUAGUCCUAAAAAAUCAGACCAAACACAACAAAAUAAAGAAGAGCAGGAAGACAAUAAAAUUGCAGAUAAAAGCACAGAUGAGAUGAAAAUUGAAGGACUGAAAAAUACUGAAGCAAAAGAGGAAACAAUCGAAACUGAAACAAAGGCUGAAACAACAACAAAUACUGAGUCAGAAAAUACGAAAAUACAAGAAAGUAAAGAAGAACAGGCAGAUAAUAAAAUGGCAAAUAAAAGCACAGACGAGGUGAAAAUUGAAGGACUGAAAAAGACUGAAACAAAAGAAGAAAUAAUCGAAACUGAAACAAAGGCUGAAACAACAACAAAAACUGAGUCAGAAAAUACGACCCACCAAGAUGACAAGCCAAAUUCUGAACCGAGAACGACCGUAGAAAAAGAAAGUGAUACACAUAUUUCUGAGAAGAAAUCAGCUGAUAAAAAUGAUACAGAUGAAACGGAAUCUACUGAAAAUACAGAAAGCACGAAUGAUAAUGAGACAAAAGACACCGCGAAACCAGAUUCUUCGGAAGAAGAUAAACAACUUAACAAGAUUGAAAAUGCUGCCGAUGAAGGCAUCGUAAAGAAGAACGCAGAAGAUAUUGUGGUACAAAAUAAAACAGAACAAGAAAUACAUAUCGAGGAAAAAGGUAAAGCCGACGAGAAUGAAACGCAAUCUUCUGGUAAAGAAGUUCAUAUUGCCACAAAUGCUGCUAAAUUUGUUGAUACAGAUGAAACUAAAGAAGAUGCAACUAAUAUCGCUGAUAAACGAGAAUCUAACACAGAAGAACGUGCAAUAAGUGAUACGAACGAGGAUGAGAAAACAGAAGAUAUUACAGAAUCGAAGGACAAAUUACAAGAACAGAAUGAAGAAGAAGAAACUAAAAACGAAAUAAAAACUGUUGAUGAAUCAAAGAUAACUGUGGCAAAAGAAUUCCGUUGGGAGGGAGCAGCAAGCGAUGUUCAACUAGCCGGUUCAUUCAACGAUUGGGGCGAUAAAUUUUUACUAGCUAAAAAGGAUGGAGUUUUUACCGUAACGCUCAACCUUAAGCCCGGCGAAUACACAUAUAAAUACUUGGUAGAUAGCGAAUGGAAACUCGACUCCAAUCAGCCAACAAAAGCGGAUGGUGCUGGGGUUGAAAACAACGUGAUAACCGUAUGAAACCUGUAAACAUCAAUCAUCGCAUGGACUACUUUAUAUAACACUGGACCUGUCAUUGAUUGAGAGAUUUGAAUGAUUAACGAAUGGAAUUGACUGAACAUUAACGUGCAAAAUAUAGGAAAUUGAAGAAAUUAGGGAAAUAAUGAUAUGCUAUAUUACACGUUUAAUAUUAAACAUCGUAUAUUUCAAAAGAAAUGUCACCCAAAGAUAAUUGGAAAUGUGUAGACUAGUUAUGUUUUAUUCAAAGUCUAGUGUUUUUUAUUAUACAAUUAUAUCACGACAUUCUGUUUAAACAUUGAACAAAAUGUUAAAGGAUCUUGAACAUAAUUAAAUUCGAAAUUCGAUCUACUACACAUAAUUUCCGGACAGCGGACGACAAUUUUGGACUGUUUCCUCCUACCAGAAUGUUUCAAGAACAAAGAGUUGAUCAACCCACUUAUGUCACUUCAAAAUGCAUUGUUAUCGAAGAACUCCGUAUUGUUUGAUUUGUAUCAAUUUCCGACAAAACGUGUUAAGAAUGGUGAAUUUUGAUUAUUUAUUGUUUACAUCUUUACUAAAUAUGCAGAAUAUGCUAUGAAUAGCUUUAUUUGGACACCCACGCAGCCCCACACAUUGUCCGUCAAAUAUCCAAUUGUUCUGUAUCGAAUAACAUAAAGACUAUAUUUCAUGUAUUAUUAUAUAUAUGAAGAUGUUAA